AUGCAGCGCCCACGAAUGAUACAAGUUCGACAAAGACAAUUUUGGUAUAUCAACAGAACUCUUAAGAAGGUGCUCCGCUUGAAGGGGUAUAAGGCCAUAGAAUUGGAUAUAGACAACAGGCAUGGCCUGAUACCAUUCUUUGUCACCACCGCUCGCAUGGAAUACGUCAGCGCGCCCCUUGCGGCAGGCAACGGGAUACAAGACUUGAACUUCAUGUUAGGUCCCGUGGACCUCCGCCAUUCAAGCAAAUAUCCAAACCAUGACAAGUGUGAUCCAGAUUCAAAGUGGCUGAUAAUAUCGCGGCUGUCGAACAGGCGCUACGAAAGCGCUAAUGGAAGAAUCAAAAAGGGACACCUAGCGCGUUCCAGGCAUGGGUUUCUCGUAUACAUAAUUGACGUAGCCUGCCUGCAUGCUGUGCCGAUUUUCUUCACGGGCAUGGUCCCUUUGUUUCAACCACAGCCGUCGUCUCUGAGUGGGCACGACGAAUUGUAA